AUGGAUCAUUUCUCAAGUUUAUUGAGCAGCACCCUGGUUUUUUAUUCUGUAGUAUCCAUUACUGUUAUAUACAUGCUCACCAAGCUCAGAAGCAAGCCAUCUGGGAGGCUGCCACCAGGACCACGUCCCUGGCCUUUGGUUGGGAACAUCCUCCAGGUGGGCAAGAAUGCGAACGAAUCCUUCUUCGAGCUUGCGAAGAUCCAUGGCCCCCUCAUGACCCUCCACCUAGGAUGGCGGACAACUGUAGUAGCCUCAUCGCCCGCCAUGGCCAGAGAGGUUCUCAAAACGCAGGACCCAUCCCUGUCAGCACGUACAAUGAUUGAGGCCGCCAAGUGUCUCGAGUAUGGCGAAAACUCGCUGGUGUGGAGGGACUGCGUGCCACGCUGGCGCACUCUCCGCCGCAUCUGCACCACCCAGCUCUUCACUGUCAAGCGUCUGGAGGCACUCCACCACCUGCGGCGGGAGCAAAUGAGAAGCAUGAUGAGGGCUAUUUAUAAGUCCACGUGA